AUGACAAGCGAUCCGGAGUCCACGGAGUUCGUGUACACCUCCAGCGGUGUGGACUCCACCGAUGGCUCCGCGGAGUCCGAUGGCUCGAAGACGCUGAUGCUGCGGAGCCGCCGCCGGCGGUGUUUGCCCGUGUGCAGUGCCCAGCGUGUUUGCCAUUGGUGCUAUGUCUGGCAGUUUCUGUUGUUCCUGAUGAUCUUCCCGCUGUGGGUGAAGUGGCUCCUCGUGAACCCCAAGCCUAGACAGUCACCUUGGCCAGACCACAGUGCUGAUCCAUCAGAUUGUCUUGCCAGAAAGAUCUUGUGA